AUUUGGUAGAAAACAUUUGUGCAUUUACGAGAGAGAUAAUUUGGUUUAUAAUUCUUACCUUAAUAACAUAGAAAAUGAUGGGAACACAUAUAAUGACCAAAGUCGCAUCUCACGGUGAGAUGAGUUCUGCGUAGCUCCAAUGGUGGUGGCUUCACAAUGUCGACUUCUUCUUCUUUCCCUCGAACCAUCGUCUCCUACACUGUGACAACUUCGCUCUUCGUGGUUAUCUUCCUAUGCAGCGUCUUCUUCUUCACUAGACGCUCUCUCGAACCUUCUCUCUCUCCUUACCAGGCCGCCGACAUCCCUCUCUCCGCCGUCGAUCUACCACCUCCUACGCCUCUCCUCCCUCAAAUCGAACCUCACGAUGGUGACGUCACCGUGGAAACGAAUCAAAAGGAGGUAGGAGAUUCGCGCCGCGGCGGUGAUGACGUCGCGGUAGAGACUGAGCUGAAACUAAAAGAUGUGGAAGAUUCGCGCACGGAGAAAACUGAAGUGGAAGAAGAAGGCGGAGAAGGAUCGCGCGGUGAAUCUGUGGACCAUGCGGUGGUCGAGAAGAUGAGAGGCUGUGAUUUGUACAGGGGAUCGUGGGUUAAGGACGACGAUGAGUAUCCAUUGUAUCAGCCUGGAUCGUGUCCUUAUGUUGAUGAAGCUUUUGAUUGCCAGAGGAACGGGAGGCGAGAUUCUGACUAUCUUAAUUGGAGAUGGAAGCCUGACGGUUGUGACCUUCCACGGUUUAAUGCUACAGACUUCUUGGUGAAGCUACGAGGUAAAAGUUUGAUGUUAGUUGGAGAUUCAAUGAAUCGUAACCAGUUUGAAUCAAUGCUUUGCGUUCUUCGAGAAGGCUUAUCUGAUAAGAGUAGAAUGUACGAGGUUCAUGGCCACAAUAUAACAAAAGGGAGAGGCUACUUUGUAUUCAAGUUUGUAGAUUACAACUGCACAGUAGAGUUUGUACGGUCACAUUUUCUUGUGAGGGAAGGAGUUAGAGCAAAUGCUCAAGGAAAUACUAAUCCCACCCUUUCGAUUGAUCGCAUUGACAAGUCACAUGCUAAAUGGAAGCGAGCUGACAUUCUUGUCUUUAACACUGGACAUUGGUGGGUUCAUGGAAAGACCGCCAGAGGGAAAAACUACUACAAAGAAGGUGACUACAUCUAUCCGAAAUUUGAUGCUACUGAAGCAUACAGAAGGUCGUUGAAGACUUGGGCAAAAUGGAUUGAUGAAAAUGUGAAUCCCAAAAAGCAGCUUGUAUUUUAUCGCGGAUACUCCUCUGCCCAUUUUCGGGGAGGUGAGUGGGACUCGGGAGGGUCAUGCAACGGGGAGGUAGAACCGGUAAAGAAAGGUUCAAUCAUUGAUUCCUAUCCUUUGAAAAUGAAAAUAGUCGAGGAAGCCAUCAAGGAGAUGCAAGUUCAUGUGAUUCUUCUAAACGUGACAAAGCUGACUAAUUUCCGCAAAGACGGGCAUCCAUCAAUCUACGGUAAGACCAAUACGGAUGGUAAAAAAGUGUCGACAAGGCGACAGGAUUGCAGCCACUGGUGCCUGCCGGGAGUUCCCGAUGUUUGGAACCAUCUUAUCUACGCAUCUUUGCUCCUUCAACCACAUUCCUAAAGUUGAGCACUUACAUCAACAAAAUUAGAUAGUAAGAGAAGAGCAGAAACAAAUGACCAAUCCAGUC